CUGCUCCCACGGUGCAAGUAGUCCAGGAUCCCGUCCCUAGCCAUAAGCCAGGUUGCUCAUACCGUACCCAACCUGGAAGACCAAUGCCACUUCGACCAAUCAAGACAGGUGUAGUAGGAGUAGGGUUCGGUGGAAUGACCUUCCAUAUACCCUUCAUACUGGCUUUACCGCGGUAUUUCAUCUUGCAAGCAGUCGUCGAAAGAGACCCCUCGAUACCUGGGGGUAAACUGCUGCAGCGCUUUGGUGCAGAUAUUGCGGCGGGCGUGAAGGUCUACAGGACAUACGGAGAGCUAUUGGAGGACCCUGAAAUCGAAUUGGUUAUUGUGACGACGCCGAACUAUACCCACUUCGAUUUCACAAAGCAAGCAUUGGAAUCGGGAAAACAUGUGCUAGUGGACAAGCCCGUCACGGCAACUGCAUCGGAGGCCAGAGAAUUACAGGAACUUGCAAAGAAAAGGGGACUCGUCCUCUAUCCGUACCAGAACUGUCGUUUCAACGCCGACUUCCUGGCGCUGUGUCAAUUACUCAAGCUCCCGGCAGAUCACCCGAAGUCAUUAGGCACGCUCGUCGAGUUUGAAUCACGAUACGACCGCUAUAGGACCACGGCAAAGAACAGCUGGAAGGACAUACCAUCUCCCGGCACGGGGCUGACUUACGACCUUGGCUCGCACCUCAUAGACCAGGCGCUCGUCCUCUUCGGACCACCAGCGAAGGUCACUGCGUUCAUCGAGAACAUCAGGGGAAUUGGCAGUGCAGAGGUGGAUGACUGUUUCACGAUCGUGCUGCACUACCCGCCACGCCCUGGGCGCACAGGCCACGAGCCUACGUCCUUCAAAGCCGUCUUACGAUCGCACAUCCUCUCUGUGCGCUCAGCGCAAACGCGCUAUGUCGUUCGGGGAACCACGGGCACGUAUAUCAAGACCGGGCUUGACGUCCAGGAGCAACAGCUCAAAUCAUACAAGGACCCCGCGGACAUCGUAAAGGAUCCGAUGUACGGGGCCGAGCCUGAGACACUCUGGGGGACGCUGGAGAAUCUGGGCGGCGAGCCAGGAGAAGUUGAGGUCGUGAGAUCCACGUGGCCUACGGCGGAAAGGGGAAAUUAUGGCGCAUUGUUCGUGAACCUCGCAGAGGUGAUCCGCGAAGGCAAAGAGGCACAGGUCAAAUGGGAGGAGUCAGCGGAGGUGAUCGAGAUCAUCGAGGCUGCGUAUCAGAGUGCGCGCGAGGCGCGAACGGUUAAUAUCGACGACGAGUAGAUGAGGAUGAUUAGUCAAGGACGCCGAAGGGUGGCAUCGUACCUUGCAGUUGCCUCGCAGAGCGGUAGUGACGGGCGGCCCUGGUGAUUCGGUGUUGUACCGAGUAGACAUUAUCUGAGUUGUAUUGACAGUCAGAAUGGCAUGUCC